UUCCAUCUAAACACCCGAUUCAUUCUCUAGUUUAUCCCUUCUUCAAAAUUUACUAAUUUAGACAGAUCCCACCAUUUCUUCAUACAACAAUUGUCCAAAGUCCAAACCCACUAAUUAGCCAGAAAGAAAUCCAACCAAAACCGAACUAAGCCCGACCCAACAACCAACCCAAUCUGGAUGGAAUUUAUACCCGAUUUCACGGUCAGCCUUUUCUAAUGAAGUCAGAAUCCAACCUCAUUAACGAACUUAUCAGAUCUUAAGACAGAUUUCAGUCUCUCUCUUGCUUGCUUGUCUAACUGCGUAGCACCGUCUUUGCACUUGCCCAAUUCUCUCAAUUUCUUUGUUGAUUGGAUCCCGCAAGCUAACCCUAACAUCGCCACUACCUUCUCUGUCCAGUUAGAUUCUGUGUAUAGCUUCUGAUUCCGUUUGCUAAUCCGCGCCUUCAAUCCAAUCCAAUCCAAUCUCCAAAUCAAGAUUUGAAUUCCGUCAAAUGAUCGCGGUUUCUGUGAAGCCUUUGUUCAUUACCAUCUUCACUCUCUCCCUCGUCGCCGCCAUCGUUUUGCUCUCUCCUUCCCCUACAUUCCCCGCGAAUCCAUUUUCCGCCGACUCCUCAACGGUGAGAUUGGAGAUAUGGCGUGUCCAGAGACUUGUGGAAUGGAGGCCUUGCAAGUGGUGGAUUCAGGGUCACCUUAAUGUUCCACCAACUGAGAAUAAUGGAUACAUUCAAGUGGAUUGCUAUGGUGGCCUCAAUCAGAUGAGAAGAGAUUUCUGCAAUGGAGUUGGCAUUGCCCGCUUGUUAAAUGCAACUCUUGUUUUGCCAAAGUUUGAGGCAGCUGCAUAUUGGAAUGAGUCAAGUGGUUUUGCAGAUGUAUUUGAUGUUGAUUACUUCAUUCAGCAAAUGUCUAGUUUUGCUAAAAUUGUCAAAGAAUUGCCACCCGAACUAGCUUCAAAAGAGCCAUUUCCUGUUGAUUGUAGCAAACGCAAAGGCCAAUUUGAUUACAUAGAGAGUGUGCUUCCACCUCUACUGGAACACCAUUUUAUAUCAAUUACUCCAGCUAUGAGCCAAAGGAGGGACAGGUAUCCUCUAUAUGCUAAAGCUGCAUUAUGCCAAGCUUGUUAUAGUGCAUUACGUCUGGCCAGAUCAUUGGAAGACAAAGCUCAGGAACUUUUCAAAGCUAUACCAAAACCAUUCCUCUCGCUACACCUGCGCUUCGAACCCGACAUGGUAGCAUACAGCCAAUGUGAAUACUCCGGCCUCUCUUCUUCCUCCAUGGAAGCGAUUGAAGCAGUUCGAGAUGAUAGAAAACCUUGGACUGGAGAAUUGGCUAAUGUUUGGAGAAAACGAGGGAAGUGCCCUCUUACUCCUAAUGAGACAGCCUUGAUAAUGCAGGCGCUGUCCAUCCCUACAAACACGAGUAUAUAUCUCGCGGCUGGGGAUGGUCUCAUGGAACUUGACGGGCUGCGUUCUGUUUACACAAACGUAUUCACCAAAUCUGCUCUUCUUGAUGAUCAGGAUUUUACAAACAUGCACGGGAACACGAAGGCUGCCCUCGAUUACUAUGUCUCCAUUAACAGUGAUUCGUAUGUGGCCACAUAUUUUGGGAAUAUGGAUAAGAUGGUUGCUGCGAUGCGAGCAUAUAAAGGGUUGUAUAAAACUCUGUUUUUAAGCCGUAAGGCCUUUGCUGAACUGACCUUUCGGGGACUGAAAGGGAAAGAGUUGAUGGAAGCCUUGUGGUCGGCUCAUAAAGAAGACUUUGUGAUUGGAAGAGGGUCUGCCUUGCCUGACUGCUUUUGCGAAUCUAAAUUGUGAUUAAUCUUGAUUGAUGAUUUUAGUCCUUCAUUCUGUUUCAUUAUUCGUGCUGAUGUUCAUAUAGACAAGACAAGAUACUUGGGUUUACUGGUGGAUUGUACGAUGAUUAAUGGGAUCAGAAAAGGAUCACUAUCCAGGGAAUUUUGUACUCACUGUACUUCAUUUACUUUUAACAUGUAACUGCAAACUGUUUCAUAUUACAGCGGAAUUGUUGACUUUCUGAACAUUUGUUCUAUCAUCUAUUGAGAAACUUGCGUUUUACUGAAAGAGUAUACUUGAGCUCGAUAAAUUGCAUCCAGGAGUAAUUUCUGGUGCAAUUCGAAGCGAAACUGGAAACUUGUACAAUCCACAAGUAUUACAUUACAAUUGCUCACAGAGCAUACCCCUGAACUAUUUAACAAAGACGGUUCAUCUUUUCCAGUUGGCUAAUGGAGAGAAAUGAAUCCAUCAAUUACGCCAUUCCGUUUGCCCAGGGAUUCAGCUGUUGUUGGUUAUCGCUCUUGUGCAGCAGCAUGGUUGAGACUUAGGCCAUUUGAUAUAGUUACUCUGGACGAAGUUGUGCUGCCAUGGCUGAAAUAAUAAAGGAAAACAAAAACA